AUGUUAUUGUUAGAGUUGCUUGAUUGGUUCUGCCGAAUUAAAAUUUCACUGUUACCUGUAGAUAGCCGGUUUGAAUGGAGUAGAUCACUGAACUUUCCAAAGAGGAACCAUACACAACGUAUCCCAUGACGGAAAGCGGCAUGUAGAGCAGGACGACUAAGAAAAAUCCGACAGCGACACUCUUGGUGAACUCGUGAGGGUUUUUCAUGUCGUGCUGAAUUGUGGGGAAGACAUAGUGACCAGAGAAGGCGAACAGGAAGAUACCCAGCGACAAAAUAAUAGAGCCAGACGUUUGCUCUGGGUAAGCCACUUCCGGGAAGCACGCUACGGAAUCGAUUCCUAUACCUAUAAGAAUUGACAGCACCGCAAUCACAGUAGUGGCCAUGGCGAUCACUACUACACCCCAAAAUUCACCAGGACUCCUCAAAAAUGUGA